UUUUGCUCCAUUGGACUUUUCCAAAGUCUUUGUUUAACUAUUUUACCCUCCUCUUUCUAUUGUCGGUUCUUUUUGGAAUUCUGCUCUUGGAAUUCUGCCGACGUUCGGUUCCAUUUCCAUUUCCAUCCAUACUUACUUAUCCAGAGCGACUUACAAAUUGAAGUUGAACAUUCCCAGCUCUGUGAUUCCUGAUCCCUGCAGCAGAAGCAUCCUCUCCUCGUUCACACUGCAGGAUCUAACUCGGGGACUUAGUUCUUCUCCAGUGAGGAACAAGGGCAGGAACGUUGUUUCAGGAAAAGACGGGCUGCCCUGGCCGUGGCACUCCUCAUCAUGGCCGACAUCCUGCAGCCCGACAUGAACAGCCUACAGGUCCCAGGUGAAAACAACCACAUAUCAGCUCCCUCCUCUCCCUCAGUCGGCCGAAAUGACUGCAGCAUUGCACCCCUGACACCCUCAGCCUCUCCGAGACCGGAGGCCAGAUCGAGGAUGGCUCAUGCAUUCUCUGUGGUGGUGGCUAUAGACUUUGGAACCACCUCCAGCGGCUAUGCAUUCAGCUUCACACAAGACCCAGAGGCUAUUCACAUGAUGAGGCGCUGGGAGGGCGGGGACCCGGGCGUAGCCAACCAGAAGAGCCCUACGUCCCUGUUAUUGACGCCUGAGUUGAAGUUCCAUAGUUUUGGGUUUGCUGCCAGAGACAACUAUCAUGAUCUGGAUCCUGAAGAGGCUCAACACUGGCUCUACUUCGACAAGUUCAAAAUGAAGAUACAUAGCACCACUGAUCUGACCAUGGAGACGGAGCUGGAGGCGGUGAGUGGGAGGAAGGUGAGGGCUAUCGAAGUGUUCUCUCACGCUCUCCGGUUCUUCAGAGUACACGCCCUCAAGGAGGUGAAGGACCAGUCUUCGUCGGUAUUAGAGGGAGAUAAGGUGAGAUGGGUGAUCACUGUUCCCGCUGUAUGGAGACAACCAGCCAAACAGUUCAUGAGAGAGGCUGCCUAUCUGGCUGGUCUGGUAUCUCCUGACUCUCCAGAACAGCUCCUGAUAGCUCUAGAACCAGAAGCAGCUUCCAUCUACUGUCGCAAGCUCCACCUACACCAGGUGAUUGACCUGAGCCUUCGGCCAAUGACCAAUGGCCUCAGCUUGGAGAGCGAUGGGUGCCGCCCUUUUGACUCCAGCUUCAGACAAGCGCGUGAGCAGCUGAGGAAAGCGAGACACAGCAGAACUUUCCUGGUAGAGAGGGGCACUGGAGAACUCUGGUCAGAGAUGCAGACUGGUGACCGGUACAUAGUGGCAGACUGUGGAGGAGGAACAGUAGACCUGACGGUUCACCAGAUAGAACAGCCCCAGGGGACACUGAAGGAACUCUACAAGGUCUCAGGGGGUCCAUACGGGGCGGUCGGCGUCGACCUAGCCUUCGAGGCCAUGCUUUGUCAGAUCUUCGGAGAAGACUUUAUCAAGAGCUUCAAGGCGAAGCGUCCCGCAGCAUGGGUGGACCUGACCAUCGCGUUCGAGGCUCGUAAACGCACGGCCACGCCGGGGAGAUCCAACGCGCUGAACAUCUCUCUGCCCUUCUCCUUUAUCGACUUCUACAAAAGAUACAGAGGAGAGAGUGUGGAGACGGCCCUGCGCAAGAGCAACAUGAACAUAGUGAAGUGGUCGUCUCAGGGAAUGCUACGUCUCACUCCUGAAGCCAUGAAUGAACUGUUCCAACCCACCAUUAACAACAUCAUCAAGCACAUUGAGGAGUUGAUGCAGAGACAGGAAGUGCAGGGUGUUCGCUUCCUGUUCCUGGUCGGGGGUUUCGCUGAGUCGCCCAUGUUGCAGCAGGCGGCCCAGAAUGCUUUGGGGCAAAUGUGUCGCAUCAUCAUCCCUCAGGAUGUGGGUCUGACCAUACUGAAGGGAGCUGUGUUGUUCGGACUGGACCCCACCGUGGUGCGUGUGCGUCGCUGCCCUCUGACCUAUGGCGUUGGGGUUCUAAACCGCUUCGUGGAGGGUCGACACCCCCGGGACAAACUAUUGGUCAAGGAGGGCCGUGAUUGGUGCACCGACAUCCUCGACAGAUUUGUCUCUGUUGACCAAUCAGUGGCUUUGGGCGAGGUCGUGAGGCGGAGCUACACGCCGGCUAGAUCUGGUCAGAGGAAGAUCAUCAUCAACAUCUACUGCAGCGUCAGCGACGACGUUGUUUACAUCAGCGACCCUGGAGUGAGGAAGUGCGGCGCGAUCACUCUGGAUCUACCGGAUGCGUUGCCGGGGACGGUUGACGGCGCGGAGAGAAGUGAGAGGAGAGAGAUCCGAACCACGAUGCAGUUCGGAGACACAGAGAUCAAAGUGAUGGCGGUGGACAUGGCGACCAAUCGGACGGUCCGAGCCGCCAUCGACUUCCUUUCUAAUUGAGGAGACUAAGUACAAGGUCAAAGGAUAAAGAAGGAGGAAGUAGGAAGUGGACCCACGAGGGAUACGUCGAAGUCGAAGAUCCAGGAUCAAUUAAUUUUUUUAUAUUGAGUCUAGGCAUGAUGUGACAUUUUAAGUGACAACAAGACCUUCAAACUGCUCAACAUCACAAUUUAUUUUUCACAUCCAAACAAAACAUCUCAUACUGAUCUAGGAUCAGGUCCCACUGGGAGUGACUGCUGCCGGAAUAUAGUGGGCUUGUUGGAGACCACUGCCGAGUCCCGACUGACCGAUCCGCAAAUCACCUUGCACCAUAAAUAACUUCAUGAUUAUUUGCAGAUAAGUCAGUCAGCAUUUACCCACAAUGCAUCACGGAUCAAAUCCUCGCUCUCGAACAUGGCCACAGACAUUUACCUGUAUCUAGUUCCAGUGCCUCUGUCUUCAAGUCAACUGAUGAUAUAUUAAUAAUAAUAGUACCUA